CACAAUCAAACUAGACGGAGUUAUUAAUUGAACAUGGAUUCUUCGUUCUCGUUGCAAAGGUUUUCUCUUUCUCUUUCUUUUUUCUCUUUAUCUUCUGUCUUUCACCAGAACGAAUAGUUCUGGGUUGUGGGGCAAGCGAGAAAAACUGAAAGGGUAAAUAAUGGAGGGGGAUCUAAGGCAGAAGCUGUUGAGCAAAGAGAGAAGAAAAGAUGAAGAGGAAGAGGAGUUAUCGUUGUGGAAGAGGUUCUGGAUUGAGAGCAAGAUGAUGUGGAUAGUGGCAGCACCAGCCAUAUGCACCAGGUUCUCCACCUUUGGUCUCAAUGUUAUAAGCCAAUCUUUCGUUGGCCAUAUUGGCUCAAGGGAAUUGGCUGCUUUUGCUCUCGUCUACACCGUUCUCAUUAGGUUCGCCAAUGGGGUUCUCCUAGGGAUGGCGAGUGCAUUGUCAACACUUUGUGGGCAAGCAUUUGGUGCAAAAGAAUACAGCAUGAUGGGAGUGUAUCUCCAAAGAUCAUGGAUAGUUUUGUUCAUAACUGCACUGUGUCUUCUUCCGGUAUUCGUCUUCACAAGCCCACUUUUAACGCUCUUAGGCCAAGAUGAAAGCAUAGCACAAGUGGCAGGAACCAUUUCUAUUUGGUCAAUUCCUAUCAUGUUUGCCUUCAUUAUCUCAUUCACUUGUCAGACUUUCCUGCAAUCUCAGAGCAAGAAUGUCAUCAUUGCAUUCUUGGCAGCAUUCUCGAUAGUGAUUCAUGUGUUUCUCUCCUGGCUUUUGACAAUGAACUUCAAUUUUGGGCUUCCUGGUGCAAUGAUUUCAACAAUUUUGGCAUACUGGAUUCCCAACGUUGGUCAACUCAUA